AUGGUUUCCCAACUCUUAAAAUUGUUUCAUAUGAGUCUACCGGCCCUAGCUACGAGCCAAGCAGUACCAAAUAGGAAUUUCGUGUCCAUCUCAUCCACCGCAUCUUCUUCUGAAUCUCACAGUAACACUUCCAGCAGCAAUGUGCAAUUCACGACAAUCAUUCCCACCGGUAGUACCUCAAUCCCAGACCUUAAUGGUAGUAACACCAAUUAUAACCCGGGCGCCACCAUCAAUACUACUACAACGGCAGGUGCAAGUAGUGGUAAUAGUACCUUGACACCAGGUACAAAUGGCGGCAGCAACCACGAGGCUAUCACAAGUCCACAGAAGACAGGGUCAGGGAAGCUUUCUGGGUAUUACGCCGUUUACCAUACUGAGGGGAAGCCGAUACCUGAUCCCAGAUAUGACCUAUACGAUGAGCUAACAUUUUUUGCGGCAACAACUACCGCCAACUUCACAAUUGGCACCAACUCUUUGACCCAAAAUGAAUGGGAUACCUUAGCAUUUGAUUUUGUCCGCAGUUGCAAAAACCACUCGGUCUUACCCACAUAUACUCUUGGAGGCUGGGAUGGUUCCAGGUACUUCUCAUCACUUGUAGCUACUGCUGAGAACCGCACAGCCUUUGCCAGUUCCGCCAUCAGCUUUGCAAAGAAAUAUGGCUUUGAGGGAAUUGACUUUGAUUGGGAAUAUGCAGGCAUUCAGGGAAUCGGGUGCAACAUCAUCAGUGAUGACGACGUCCAGAAUCAGCAGUUGCUCUUCAAGGAAGUUAAAAGCCAAUGGCCCGAGGGAAAGUUGUAUACUACACAAAGUAUUGCGGGUAUUAGGGAUCACAAUUCCCAACAAUUGCGGCCAUGCAAUCUCACCAUCAUGGCUCAAUUUGUUGAUGAAGUAAUUAUAUUCCUCAACCUACAUGUAGUUCACGGCAGCUGGACCAAGACUACAGGACCAAACGCCCCAAUGAGAGGACAGUGUGCUGAUUCUGACAACCAACUCUCUGUUGAGAGUGCCAUCAAAAUUUACCUUCAGCAAGGUUUCAAACCAGAGCAGCUUAGCCUAGGAAUCCCCGGUGACACCAAAUCUUGGACCUUGAGUCAGCCCAAACUCACUCCUAGAAUUGUGGGCAAUCACACCAGUUACUACUACCAAAACUUCACUGGAAUUCCAGCUGUAGGAAAAUAUGAUAGCGCACCUGGUUUAGAUAUUUGUGGUCAAAAAACAGGUCACGGUGGCUCAUGGCUGGUCAAGGAAUUGGUAGAUUCUGGAUUUUUGAGCAACGAUGAAGCCACUGGAGGAAAAGGCUUCACCAAGUAUUAUGAUGAUUGUUCUGGAGAGCCAUUUCUUGCAAGCAAUUCCACUUUAAUUAGUUUUGAUGAUACCAAAAGCACCGUCUCUAAGGUGGUAUACGCCAAAUCCAAGGGCUUAGCGGGUGUCUUCUUCUUCAACACAAUGGGCCCAAGGGAUAGUACAGUCAAGGCUGCCAGGGAGGCCUUACGCAACUAA